UCGGAAUCAAAUCCAGGACCCUGGCACUGUGAGGCAGAAGCGCUAACCACCACGCCAUCGUGCCGCCCCGGUUAGGUUUCUAUUAUGAAGUAAACUUUGCUGUAGUUACAGUUAUCACGUUUCAUGUGAUCGCUGAAGCACAUAAUGAAGACGUAAAUUACGAGAUGCGUACGCAGCACUACCCCGUGUGAGCUUCGCUCUGCAGCAAUACCCCUCUCGAAUUUGUGAAGAAAAUUUCAUCACGUGUUUGCUUUCUUUCCAGGAAGUAAAGUACAGUUCCCAGCAACGGCGACGCCCAUAUGUAUAUUUUUUUACACGGAGUAAAAACGAAACUUCAAAUACUCGCCAUUUACAAGUUUCCAUAAACAACGUAGUCUACUAACAACGGGCAGUGGUUAAUUGAGGGGUCGUGAGGCCUACCAAAACGUGUUGUCGGAUUCAAACGUAUUUUUCAUAAUCAUUUUCUUAUUCAUUUUGGAUAAGGAGAAAGACACUGACUCAUUUUGUGUCAGCUUUGGAGUUUUACUUUAUAGUAUAGGCCUAUCAGUAUAUACAUGUCGGGUGUUUGAUUUUAAAUACAGCAACACAACAAAACUAGCCAGUCGUAAGAGCAAAAUGAUUAAUUCAAUAAAAAUUUAAAUUUGAGAGAAAUUGAUUACCUGUAAUAUGUGACGCGGGAUAAUGAGGAAGUGCUAUCCAGUGCUUGAAUCACUGAAGAGUUGGAAUACUGUGACCUUCGUAUUUAUGCACCCUUGAAAGAAUAUUGGAUUAACAGUGCACCACAACGUUUGAGAUUACGGUUUUGAUUUGUAACCACUAAGGAAAUACCGCCCCCAGCAGACAUGUUUGAAAUGGAUCCUUCGACCUUGCUUUGUGGAGACUGAAGUGCCUUAAUCAACUACAUCCUCCCUCCGUCUGAACCUCCCUCCCUCCCAGCCAGCCUGCCAGCCUCCUAUCUUCUCUCACUCUUUCCCUUCCCCCUGCCUCCCAGCGUAUCUCCCUUCCUCCCAGCCUCUCUCAAUCUCACCCUCCCUCCCUGCCAGCCUCCCAGCAUCUCUGCCUCCCUCCCAGCAUCCUAGCCAUUCUCCCGCCUUCCCUCUCCCUUCCUCCCAGCCUCUCUCCCUUCCUCCCAGCCUCCUAUCCUCUCUCCCUCCCCCCCUUCAGCCUCCCAGCCUCCCAGCCUCUGUCACUCCCUCCCAGCCUGCAAGAUGUUUGGCUGUUUCUCAGUUCACCUCUGCCUGUGGUUUUGGAUUCUGCUUGUAGUUGAGGCAGCUCCUGGGCAGACUUUUCCAUAUGUUCCAGAAAAUGGUUAUUGUACUGAUUCAAGAACAGAAUAUCUCUCUGCUGGAGUCUGCUGCCGGAGGUGCGCACCAGGUCAGUUUGCACUUCACAAAUGCACAGCCGUGUCCGAUACUCAUUGCAGCAGCUGUCCAGAAAACACCUUCACUGAACUCUAUAACUACGCACCUAACUGCAGGCUGUGCAGACCUUGUGAGGCUGGUCUGGUUGUGUCGUCCCCUUGUACCAAGACCAGGAGGAGUGUCUGUGGUUGUCCUGAAAACAGCAUCUGUAUCAGAGUGCAGCCCUGGGAAUGUGAGUUCUGUGAAGAUCACAAACCAUGCCAGCCUGGUACCUACACAUCACAAAUAGGUGACAUGGAGCGGCACCCCCAGUGUUCCCCCUGCCCCACUGGCUUCUUCAAUGACCGACCCUCUGUCACAGCGCUCUGCUUCCGGCACAGCAACUGUACAGAAUUGGGGAAAGUGCAGACAAAACCAGGGACGUCCGAAUCAGAUGCUGUGUGCAAGGACUCCAUGGUUGGCAAGGAUACAGGCUGGCUGGGGUUCAUGAUUCUCCUGGUAGUCCCUGCCAUGCUGGUCAUUGUUGGAGCCAUCAUUGGUGGUGGUUUGAGAAUGAAACAUCAGCACAGUGAUAAAGACCACACCCCAAGCUCAGGCAGGGACUCUGAGCAGUCCAAUUUACUGUCUCCAAGUGGAAGCGUAAUCUCCUCGACCUCCAGCAUCCCACAGUUCCCUGCUCCAUCCGCAGGCUCACCCCCCCCCCUCAUCGCCGUACCUUAUUCGUUGACUGCUCUGCAGGGGGCGGAGCAUGAGACACACAGCGGGGCUUCCAUUGGUCUAGAGGGCGACAGGGAGGCGAGUCAACAGGAGAGGCUGUGUCAGCUUCCCUUCAUUGGAGAGAUGAAGGUCAGUGGAAAUGUCUACAUUUACAACGGUCCUGUCGUGAACCAGGCUUCUCCCAGCUCAGACCAGUGCAGUGACUCCAGCCCCCCUCCCAGCUCCUCUCUUCCAGUCUCCCAAUUCAGGCUGCCAGUGCAGGAGGAACAGUCUGCAGUACCAGUGCAGGAGCUGCAGGGGGCUCCACUGCAGGAGUCAGGGAAGGAGUUUCACAUCACCAUAGAGGAGACAAACUCGUACUGAGACUGAAAUCUCCGAGAUAUCCCUGCCCCGGCUCGCUGUAUUCAUGGGUCUCUGCAGCUGGUUCAGUGCAGCCGCUGUGCUGGGGAACAAACCUGCGGUCACCGAGAUUCCUCAUCUUACGAGUGCUUGUUGCUGAGGAGUUGCACGCAAAGCUCAUAUAGGUCUGGGAGCGAAUCAGAGUGACGCGUCGCCUGACCACAUAAAGUCGCACGCAGUUCAUUUAACUCUCCUUUUUUUGACCAGUUUGUUGAAGAUGUUUGAAGCAUUAUUGAUCUCUUAAAAAAAAAAAAAAAAAAAAAAAAACCUUUUGAGAAACUCACACACUUGCCCUGCAUCCAGACCUGAUUUUCAGUUCAGAACUUUCAUCGGGCGAGUCUGAAAGAUUCGAAAUCAGGUUCCCUCCUUUCAAUCGGCAGCAGAUUUGAGAUCAAACCAGUUUCAGUUGGGACUAUAUGUGUGUCUGUGUUUGUGUAUGUAUUUCUGUCUGUCAGCCCCAUUGAGGAUUUGCGUGCUGGCAGAACUCGAUCUCUCCACACUGAUGGUGGAAGUUUCCUAAACAGCGUUCUGUGUGAAGGACGCUAGAGAGUGGUUUGGUUUAAAUCCUGGACUGAAGAAAAAAAAAAAAAGAGAAACAUGUAGGCUGAACAUGAAGGUUGUGAAUAUAUGAUACUGUUGAAGAAAUAUUGGAGGCAUUGGAGAAAAAUUGCAGUUCUACAGAAACAAGAUCCAUACCGGAUGGAAAUAAAACUCCCAUUGCAUAGCUGUUUGAUCCAUUCCUGGUUUUGCUAUGAGUUUAUUAAGACACACCUGAGAUUGUUACCUCUACAGUGGGGCUAAUCGAGCUCGGAAUAAAACCUGGAAUGGGUGAAAAUGCUCUGCAGUAGUUUUAUUUCCAUCCCAGGACUUCUGUGUAGUGUCUCCGGUUGCAGACUGCAGAAGGCACCGGCGGUUUAUAAUCCUGCAUUAUUGUACUGCAUGCAAGGUCGUAAAACUAUGUUCAAUAGAGUACAUGUUUGAACACCAGACACAAGGCUUGACUUGGUAUUUAUAGUCAUCUACUUUCAUAUUUAUUUCAAAUUUCAAAUUGGUUUUCACACAAGCAAUUCGAUUACAGUGGUGUACACAGUGCAUCAAGAUGUCAGAAAAAGCUUUUGAGGAAAAAACGACAAGGAAACACAAGAUCUCCAGUUCAGCGCUAAGUAACAUAGAACUAUGUUUAGAAUGUGUAUUUCCCUUUAAUGUAUAAACCUUCAAAGCCUUAAUUGUCUGUGUGUAUACACAUGUGUAUAAGUACCGUAAAACUUUAAAUAAAUGCCCCGGUGUUUAUUUACAGUAUUUGCCCUUAGCCCUGGCACCUAUUGGAGACCAGCAACUAUUUGAGACUCUGCCUUUAUUAUGUAAGAUCACUAACAUCUACAAGUACUUCAGAUGGAGUCAUGAAAAAGCUGCCUGUACACAACCUUAUAGAAACGACAUAAGUAAAUUACAACAUUCCAGCAUCAUCAUUAAAG